AUGGCCACACUCCUACGGCGCCCCGGCGGCCUCGCUCAGUACUCUAGAAGAGCUGCAGGAUAUUCGGCCUUCUCGCGCACACCUUUUACUGCCUCCCUCCCCCAAUCCAGGCUAUCGGCCUUCAUUGUUGCAAACCGCUCACGGUUAUAUGCAACCAAUAGCACGGGUGGCUCGGAACAUCCCAAAGAUAAAAAGAACGGAGAAAAGGAUAUUGGGAAACAGGCGGAGCGAUCUUCGCGGAGUCAAUCCAGUGGAAGUCAAGCAAGCGAAAGCUCCCAGCCAAAAUAUGCACUCAAUGCGGAACAGCGAGAGGAGUUCGAUAAGAUCGUUGACCAGCUUAAGGUGAACCUACCUAAAUCGCAGGCGAAACUUAUUGACACUGCCGCGGAAGUCAUCAAGCGUGAGGGCUUGCCAGAAGAAGUCAAAAAUGCUCUGGAAGAAGUGAGAGAGUCGAAACAUAUCAGUCUGUCAAACGCGGCGAAGCUUGUGCGAGUUCUGAAUAAACACUCUGUGAAGUUAGCUUCUAGUGUUGCCGAUGAGCACUCUAAAAACUCGUCAGAGGAGCAGACAAAAGACAACAAAGCUCCAACAGAGGAGAAACCCAAGGAAGAGUCCAAUGAAGGCCGCAAAGAGGAAAGCAGGGAGGGACCGAAAGAGGAGUCAAAAUCCGAUAAGAAACGGCAACGCAAUGAUGAUAAAGACCAGCCCAAGGGCCCCCAGUUUAGGAUAAUGGACUUUAAGUUCGACGCCGGAAAUUUCUUGAUUGCUGCUUUCAUCUCUUACUAUGUCUACCGAAGUAUUUUCCCUGGCGAAUCGUCACGAGAUAUUACAUGGCAGGAAUUUAGGAAUACCUUUUUCGACAAAGGCUUGGUUGAGAAACUCACCGUCGUCAACCGCAGCAAAGUAAGAGUUGAGUUGGACCGAGAUGCGGUUGCUAAGCUAUAUCCCGAAUCGCCAGCCACCAACAUGAGCUUCCACUACUACUUCACAAUAGGUUCUGUCGAAGCUUUUGAGAGACGCCUGGAUGACGCUCACCGAGAACUAAACAUCCCUAGCUCAGAACGGAUUCCAGUCGCAUAUGCUGAUGAAGUUCCAUGGCUAGCUACUUUGUUAUCCUUCGGACCCACUCUACUCCUCAUCGGUUCAUUCUUCUGGUUAUCAAGAAGGGCCGGUGGUGCAGGAGGCGGUGGCCAGAGUGGAAUAUUUGGCAUUGGAAAGAGCCGAGCCAGGAAAUUCAACCAUGAGACUGAUGUAAAGACAAAAUUCGCGGAUGUCGCUGGUAUGGAUGAAGCCAAAGUAGAAAUCAUGGAGUUCGUCAGCUUCCUCAAGAGACCGGAACAGUUCCAGAGGCUAGGUGCGAAAAUACCUCGAGGAGCUAUUCUUUCUGGGCCACCAGGUACCGGUAAAACUCUACUAGCAAAGGCGACUGCCGGCGAGUCCGCUGUUCCCUUCUACAGCGUUAGCGGCUCUGAAUUCGUGGAGAUGUUUGUUGGCGUUGGCCCUUCCCGUGUUCGCGACCUAUUUGCUACUGCUCGAAAAAACACCCCAUGUAUCAUCUUCAUUGACGAAAUUGAUGCCAUCGGAAAGUCAAGAUCGAAAUCCAACUUUGGUGGUGGGAAUGAUGAACGUGAAAGCACUCUCAAUCAAAUACUCACUGAAAUGGAUGGAUUCAACACUUCUGAACAGGUUGUCGUCCUAGCUGGCACAAACAGACCUGAUGUGUUGGACAAGGCAUUGAUGCGUCCUGGGCGAUUUGACCGACAUAUUGCUAUCGAUAAGCCUACAAUGGAUGGACGAAAGCAGAUUUUCGGCGUUCACUUGAAGAAGAUCGUCACAAAGGAGGACAUCGAAUACCUAAAAGGACGACUGGCCGCAUUAACUCCUGGAUUCUCUGGUGCUGAUAUCGCAAAUUGUGUCAAUGAAGCGGCAUUAGUUGCUGCCCGCAUGCACGCAGAUCAUGUCGUUAUGUCACAUUUCGAGCAAGCAAUUGAGAGAGUUGUUGGGGGCUUGGAGAAAAAGUCGCUUGUGUUAUCACCAGAAGAAAAGCGCACUGUUGCUUACCAUGAAGCUGGCCACGCUAUAUGUGGUUGGUACUUCAAAUACGCAGACCCGCUCCUAAAGGUUUCGAUCAUUCCUCGCGGUCAGGGAGCUCUAGGUUAUGCUCAGUACCUCCCAGCACAGGGUGAUACUUAUCUUAUGAAUGUACACCAACUCAUGGACCGCAUGGCCAUGACGCUUGGUGGACGUGUUAGUGAGGAGCUACACUUCGACACUGUGACGAGCGGAGCUAGCGAUGACUUCAACAAAGUUACUCGCUUGGCCACUGCCAUGGUUACCAAAUUUGGAAUGUCCCCCAAGAUUGGAACAGUGUAUUUCGAAGAGGACCAGCAGCAGCUCCACAAACCUUUCUCGGAAGAGACUGCCCGAAAUAUUGACAUGGAGGUCCGGCGUCUUGUUGAUGAGGCCUACAAGCAAUGCCGUGACCUCUUAACUGAGAAGAAAGCCGAAGUUGGCUUAGUUGCCGAAGAGCUUCUCUCCAAAGAAGUACUUAGUCGCGAUGAUAUGAUCCGAUUGCUUGGCAAGCGACCCUACCCUGAAUCCGGAGAAUUUGCUAAGUACUUUGAUGGAACUGGUGGGAAGAUACAACCACCGCCACCGGCUGAGACUCUGACUGGUUCGCCUAAGGCCGAUGAUGCGGAAACUAAGGACAACAAACCAUCGCCCCCUGCUUAA